AUGAUGCCAAUAUUAUUUUUUUUAAUAUUAAUUCUUCAUAAAAUUAAUGGAAAAUUUCUAUUAAAUGCUGAAAGUUCAUCUAUUAUUGUCUUACGACAUAUUCGUUUAUCAACAGAUAAUGAAUAUUAUCGUAUACGAUGUCCAUAUCAUUUAAAUCAUUUAACUCCUACAUUAUUAAAUUAUUCAAAUGGAAAUUGUUUUAAUCUAUAUACGGAAUUAAUAAAUGAUGCUUGUAUAAACAAUCGAUCUCCUUGUCGAUAUCAUGCAAAACCUGUUCAGCUGAAUUGUAAUGAUCGAACAUAUUCAAAAUAUGUUGAUAUCACUUAUCAAUGUUCAUCUUCACCUUCAAAAUCGACUAGGACAGCAUUGUCCGACAAUGACAAAACGUCAACAUCUCCUACAAUAGAAGGUGAAUCUAUUCUAUCUACAUCUCAGUCACCAAAUACAAUUACUAUACAUGCUCUAACAUUUCCAUCAAUAUCAUCUCGUAUCGAGGAAAGUAUUGGUUUAUUUCUUGUAGGUCUUGCUACUGUUUUUAUUCUUUGGUUAACAGUUUGUUGUGUAUGGUUUAUACGUUGUGGUCAUAUUCAUGAAGAAGAUGAUGGUAAAUGUGAAUUAUUAGCAAUGCGACAUAAUCGUAAAGCUGAAAUAAUUGAUUUUACAAUUUUAUCUGAUAGAAAACCAAAAAUUGUUGGUAAUCUAUCAGGUCAUACAAAUACAGGUGGAAUUGAAAAUGUUUGUCUUCAUGUCAAUCCAAUCGAAAAUAGACAUAUCUCAUCAUUGAAAAUAACACAAAUCGAUUGA